UGUGACAGUGAUAAUGAACCAGGCAUUGAACAUAUUUUUAGUACAGAUAAGAAUUUCCAUAAUGAUGCAGGCACUAAGAAAGCAAGGAACCCACAAGUGGUUACAGUUGAAAUGAAAGAAGACCAAGAGUUUGAUUUGGAAAUGACAAAAAAUAUGAACCAAAAUAGUGACAGUUGCAGUACAAAUAGCUAUAAAAGCCUGAAACCUAAAUUAGAAAAUCUGAGUUCUUUACCACCAGAUUCUGACAGAACAUCAGAAGUAUAUCUAUAUGAGAAAUUACAGCAAGACAUACAAAAGUUUAAGAAUGAGGUCGACACAUUAGAAGAAGAGUUGCUGGCUUUGAAGAAAGAAACUGUUCAACUUCAGAAAGAGGUUGAAGAAGAAGUGGAGAAGCACAGAAGUAAUAGAACAAAAUCAACAGGAACCCUAACUGAUGGUGCUACUGUUGGCAGUGAUGAUGAUGGACUAAAUCAGCAGAUUCCUAGGAAGGAAAUGGACCAUGACAGGUCUGCAGAUAAAACAUCUAAUCAAAAUAACAAGGUCAAAAAGCAAGUACAUCCUGGGGCUGACUUUGCUGACUCAGUGGAGCCAUCUGAAAUAGCCUCAGAGGACUGUGAGUUGUCUCAUUCUGUUUAUGAGAACUUUAUGUUGCUGAUGGAACAACUUAGAAUGGAGUGUAGAGAUUCUGUUAGCCUAUCAAGAAUCCAAGACACAUUUUUUUUAUGUGAACGCUUACUGAAACUUAAGAAUAAUCGCUGUGACCGACUUAGAGUAAAAAUUAAACACAUGGAAAAUAUGCUCAGUGUACUACAAAAUGAGCUAUUUGAAACAAAAAAGACAAAAUUACAGUUAGAGCUUCAAAAAAUUGAAUGGGAGAAAGAGCUGUACGAUUUGAGAUUUGCCUUAAAACAACAAAAUAGGAGAAAAGAAAUGCCAAUAUAUUGUAUAAUAAAUAUCGUGAACAGUUAA